AUGGCGUUUAUGCUUUACUACAGUUCCAAAGGGGGUGAGCAAUUUCAGGUUGUGAAGUACAGGUUAUCUGACCACAUCAAAUGCCCACCUGUUGGCACUGAUUACGGGGGAAAUGCUUCCUCUCCCACUGGGAGUAAUACUACUAUUUUCUUUGUGGAGACCUCCAAACGAACCAGUCCUGCGUUUCUGACCAUGUGUUCUGUGGAGUCUGCUGCAAGGUCCCACCCCACAUCCAAAGUUGUAUUUUUCAUUAAGGGUCUUUCAGCUACAGGCAGUACGCACACUCUUGGAAUUUCCCAACUGAACUGUUUUCCCAAUGUUGAGGUAAGGCCAAUAGAUUUGAAAGAGCUUUUUGCAGAUACUCCUUUGUCUCUUUGGUAUUCAAAGCUGAACCCAUGGUGGCAACCCUAUCUCAUACCAACCAUCGCAGAUGCAGCCAGGCUUGCCAUAAUGUGGAAAUAUGGUGGGAUUUACUUGGACACUGAUAUCAUUGUUCUUUAAAACUUGCUAAAUCUUAGCAACAGCAUUGGCAGAGAGCAGCGACAUUUAGUAAACACUGCCUUCUUGGCUUUCAAUCAGCACCAUGACUUUAUUGGGCGUUGUUUGGAGAAUUUUGUUGAACACUUCAAUGGCUGGAUCUGGGGCCACCAGGGACCUCAGUUGGUAACUCGUGUUCUUAAAAAGUGGUGUCGAGUGAACAGCGUAACCAAGAUCCAACAGUGCAAAGGGGUGACAAUGCUAUCUCCCGAGGCUUUCUAUCCAGUCCAGUGGCAGGACUGGAUAAAGUACUUUGAGGUGGUGAGUGAAUCGGAGGCCGGAGAGUUGCUGAAGAAUUCUUAAGCCGUGCACGUCUGGAACAAAAAGAGUCAUGGAACUCGAUUUGAGAAGGGAUCCAAAGUGAUGAUUGACCAACUUAGCUCUGUCUAUUGUCCAGUCUCUUACAACAUAAUGAACUGGCAAGAAAAUGUAUAA